CGUAUAUCAAAUGGAAAUGGAAUUAGAACUACCAUCUGAAUCUAAAUCAGCAUCUAAGAACCGAAGAAAGAACGGAUCAGAAUGGAGCGAAGUGGGAUGGAGCACUUGACCUUUUUCACUCCACUGAUGGGCCUUAACACUUCGCUGGUGUUUAUCUGGGCUUUGGCAUCUAGCUCGAACUGCGAGUCAACGAGCCGUGUAAAAAGCCAAUUUCCGCAGUUUUCGCUGCGAUUGCCACACUUGUCAUCAUCCCUUCUCCAGGCUUCCAAUUUGGACCCCUCCCCAGGUCAUCGCACAUCCCACACCCAGUCGGCAAACAAUGGCCAACAAACUUAUUGGGACUUAAAAGAAUCGCACUGGAAGAUGCUAGCAUAUCUCUCUCUAUCUGUGUGUGAAUGCUCCAAUUCCAAUCUCAGUCCCAAUCCCAAUCCGAACUCCAAAGAAGCCACGCCAAAUUCGAGUCCAAGAGAAAGCAAAUACCAGAGACCAAAAACCCAAAGGGUCGUGGUGCUGAUAAGCCAUCGCAUGUCGGUUUUAUGAGUUACUCACCCAAACUAAUUGGGUCAACUCCAGUCCAAAUACUCGGACAUCGGAAUACGGAAUACGCUGGAUAUUCUCAAAUCAAAGAUGCUAAUUUCAUGAAGCUACAACGCUACACAAAGAUAUAAAUUUGUAAGCUUCUUUUUGUUUA